AUGGACAGGCUGUUGUCGGCUCUGCUGUUAGCGGCCAGCAUUUGUGAAUUUGACUGGGGAUUAUUUAUGUUAUCCUCUUCUGGCAGAAUCAACUGUAUCUGCGCGUUCUUGCGUGGUUGCGGUGCGGGUGGCGGCGGUGGGAGUGGCGGCGAUACGGGUGGCAAUGAAGGCAGGGCCUUGUGGGAGAACGUGCUUGCCGACGACGCUGAAUUGUACUUGUCUGCUGACGCUAACAGUUUUGUGAACCCAAAGGUAUCGGAAAAUCCCGACGGCGAUGACUGCUGCUUCUUCAAAAGAUGCUGCCUUGUGUUGUUGGGUGCCUGGGAUGCCGCUUCGGUAUGGCCUGGGGCUUCCUUCUAG